AUGGCCGAAGAAAUGAACAACUCUCCUCCUCCUACCCCGAAACGAGGCCAACGGAGGUUCAAGAACGGAAGUUCGCCUUGUGAAUUUGCAGAUGCGUAUUAUCCCGGGGGCCUCCACCCGGUUGAGCUAGGCGAUCUCUUCAAUGAUGGACAGUAUAAGGUCAUUCGGAAACUUGGAGAAGGUUCUUUCUCUACUGUCUGGCUCGCGCAUGACUUGAAGAACUCCCGGUAUGUGGCUCUGAAGAUUCUUGUCUCAGAGAAAGCGAAACAGUCCCAGGAAUUGCAGAUUUUGCACCAUCUCACCAAAGUCGCUCCUGUUGAAUCGGCCCGGUAUGUCACGCAACUUCUCGACGAGUUUGAACACGAAGGUCCCAACGGUACGCACAAAUGUCUUGUUUUCGAGGCCAUGGGUCCAUCUCUCUGUCAAAUGCUUCUGUUCCCUCCGGGAAGAUGUAGAAGAUGGAAAGAAAAAGAGCAGUACCCGCUUCAGAGCGCGAAACACAUCUUCAGGGACGUCUUGAAAGGGUUGAACUUUCUUCAUAAGAACGGUAUUUCUCAUGGAGACUUUCAGCCAGGAAACGUCCUUUUCCCACUCAAAAACAUUGAUUCCUAUGAUGAAGUAACCCUGGGACCCGAAAAAGAUGAAGACGAGGAAGGUGAGGAUCGCUUUUGGGGAAGAGUCUCAGUUGUGAGAAAAGACGGCAAGCAAGACAAGUGGGCACCUAAGUACCUGUAUGCCGCAGAGUCUUUGUCUAUCUACACAGGUCUUGAUGGGCAAUGGAACAUCAUUGAUGAGAACCUCAAGGUAAAGCUAUCAGAUAUGGGUGGCGCAUACUUCUUCAACGAUCCUCCCAAGAAGCCUAUUGUCCCCAUCGGUCUUCGAGCUCCCGAGCUAGUUCUGAAAGGUGAGCUUCACGAAACUCAGGAUAUCUGGAGCUUCGGAUGCAUCCUUUUCGAAAUGAUCACUGGACGGCCCAUUUUCUACAUAUGGGGCCCACCCAAGUACGAUACCUCACUUGACGACGAACAUCUUCUUGAGGUCAUAGAGAAGCUUGGCCCACUACCUGAGGAGCUUUUCAGCCACUGGAAGACCUCGGCGCUCUAUUACACUAAAGAUGGAAAGAUGUACAAUUGGUUCAUUGAUGGUGUUACUGAGGGUGAAGAUCCUGUUACUCCCGAUCCAUCUGAGUUCGAGACUAUGGAGGAAGCCUUUGAUAAGGAGUGCCCAGAGAUGGCAGAGGAGGAGGCGCAGGAGGUCAAGAAACUUAUCCGAUGGAUCCUUCAGUACGAUCCGGCCAAGAGACCCUCAGCUGAAGAAAUCCUCCGACAUCCAUGGUUCGCGGAAGAUUCAAGUGAGCAGGCAGAGUAA